GCAAGAAGGACCUGUAAUGGCCAAGAAGGAGCCUCGGCUGAGUGGGAGCACUAGGCCUUUGGAAGCCCAGCCGGGCCUGUGCUCCUGCUCCCCAGGGUCUAGGCGGGGCGGGAGGGGGAGUGCAGGGCGGGGUCUGAGCUUAGAGCUUUGCAUGGAGAAAGCCCGCCCAGGCCUGGAUGUGUGGAGAUGGGGGUGGUGAGGGCAUGGGAGCCAUCACCGUCAGUGCGGACACCAGCUCCCGCUCUUCUCUCUCCCCACCCCCACCUGCCCUUGGCCCCUGGUCAGACCUAUUAUGGGCAGGUGCUGAAGCAGUCAGCGGACCUCCAGACCAAUGCCUGUGUCACAGCAGCCAGGCCGGUCCCCAAGCACAUCCAGGAAGCCUUGAAGAAUGUACAUGAAGAAGUAGCCCUGAGGUAUUAUGGCUGUGGUCUGGUCAUCCCCGAGCGUCUGGAAAACUGCUGGAUUUUGGACCUGGGCAGUGGAAGUGGCCGAGAUUGCUAUGUGCUUAGUCAGCUGGUUGGUGAGACAGGACAUGUCACUGGAGUAGACAUGACAGAAAGUCAGGUAGACAUGGCUAAAAAGUAUAUUGAAUAUCACAUGGAAAAGUAUGGCUUCCAGACGCCCAAUGUGACUUUUCAUCAUGGCUACAUAGAGAAGUUGGAGGAGACUGGAAUCAAGAAUGAGAGUUAUGAUAUCGUUAUAUCAAAUUGUGUCAUUAACCUUGUGCCUGACAAGCAGCAGGUACUGCAGGAGGUCUACCGAGUGCUGAAGCAUGGAGGGGAGCUGUAUUUCAGUGAUGUCUACGCUAGCCUUGAGUUGCCGGAGGAAAUCAGGACACACAGAGUUUUAUGGGGUGAGUGCCUGGGUGGUGCUUUGUGCUGGAAGGAUCUUGCCAUCCUUGCCCAAAAAAUUGGUUUCUGCCGUCCACGUUUGGUCACUGCCAACCUCAUUACAGUGCAAAACAAGGAACUAGAAGGAGUGAUCGGUGACUGUCGUUUUGUUUCUGCAACAUUUCGCCUCUUCAAACUCCCUAAGACAGGACCAGCCAAAAGAUGCCAAGUUAUUUACAAUGGAGGAAUCACAGGACACGAAGAAGAACUAACAUUUGAUGCAAAUUUCACGUUUAAGGAGGGUGAACUUGUCGAAGUGGAUGAAGAAACAGCGGCUAUCCUGAAGAAUUCACGAUUUGCCCAAGAUUUUCUCAUCAGACCAAUUGGAGAGAAGCUGCCAACAUGUAGUGGGUGUUCUGCAUUAGCAUCAAAGGAUAUAAUCACAGAUCCAUUCAAGCUCGCAGAGGAGUGUGGCCGUGCGAAGUCCAGAUGUCCCCCCGAUGGUGCUGGUGGUUGCUGUGACACCAUUUCCAGCUGACCGGAAGACAGGGACAGGAGGCUAAGGAAUGAGUUACAUAUGUCUUUUAAUCUACUCUUUUCCAUAGCACAGACCACGAGAAAGAAUAAAUGGCAAAAGGCCACUAUAUCCUAGAUCAUUGAUAAAAAAAAAUAAUGGAUUAUUUUUAGAAGGUAUUAAGUGAAGAUUGGUAGCAAAUGAUCUACUGGCUUGGUUGUUUUUCUCUUAGCUAAUUCAAAGUUCUGGCGCCACUUAGUGGUCAGAUGUGGAACUGAGCGGCAGUCUGCAGGAGGGCCCGUGAACGAGAAAGGCUUCAGAAGUAACAGUUUGCAGAAGGUCUCAGGAAAAACAUCUUCCUUCUGACCUGCAUAGAACCUUUUGGACUUCUUUCAUGUUUGCCCAUAAAACAAAGCUCCUACUGGUGGCAUGCUAAACACACCAAAAAAUUGCCAAAUCAAAUUUGGUAGGACUGCUCUUGAGAUAACUGGUCUUUUAAAUCAAAUACUUUUUUUUAAUGGAAUGAAGACAAUAAAUGAAUAAUAAAUCUC